ACGAGGGAAAAUGAAUACGGGGGCGGGAAAAUCACGACCUUUUUGAAUGGAAAAGGAGAGGACAGAUCGUCGAAUCGACCUCAGUCGCUAAAGCCCGCUCUCGCAUUCGAUCCCCUAGGGCUUCGGAAGUCGCGCGGCAUCCGGAGAAGAAGACGGCCAUGUUCGGCAGCCAGUUCGACGGCGCCGCCGCCUUUUCCGGCGGCGGCUUCAUGCCCUCUCAGUCCACCGCGCAGUUCGCCGAUCCCUCUUCCGCCUCUCCGGCCAAGAGCCGCGACACCCAGUCUUUGCUACCUGUGACGGUGAAGCAGAUAAAUAAUGCCUUGGUAUCGCACGACGAAAAAAUCAAUGUCCUUAUUGAUGGUGUCGACGUGACUAAUGUGACUCUGUUGGGUAUGGUUUGCAAUAAAGCUGAGAGAGUUACUGAUGUUACCUUUUCCCUUGACGAUGGGACAGGGCGGAUCGACUGUAAUAGAUGGAUCAAUGAACCUUUAGACACCAAUGAGAUGGAAGGAAUCCUGGAUGGGAUGUAUGUCCGGGUUCAUGGGCACUUGAAGAGCUUUCAAGGCAAGAGACAGCUCAAUGUUUUCUCUAUUAGGCCUGUGACUGAUUAUAAUGAGAUUGCAAGUCACUUUAUUGAGUGUGUCUACGUGCAUGUAUAUAACACCAGGCUACAGAAAUCUCAGGUUGGUGCCAGUGUGCAGCCUCAGGUGACAAAUCCAAUUAUGAGCAACUCCAUGAAGCCACAUCCAGCGCCUCCACCAAAUCAGUUACCCGUCCAGCGUAGCCUUGAUGGAUUUAGUCAGAAUAUCCAAUUGGUUUUGGAUUGCUUUCUGCGGCCUGAAAACCUGAGACCGGAGAGGGGUGUUCACAUCAAUGAUAUUGCGCAGCAAUUGAGUCUUCCUGUGGAUAAGAUCAGGAAGCAAUCCCUUAUUUGGAAGAGGAAGGUUUGAUUUACUCGACGGUCAACGACUUUCACUACAAAUCAACUACCAAUGCGUGAUGUCCGCGGUUUCCUCUAAACAGCUUUCAGGAGAGACAUUCCAAUACGGUCGCCUCCAGCUUUGCUCUUUAGCAUGCCUGGCAGAGUGGGUAAAUGAAGGCCUACAUCUUUCGCUUGUUAUAAAGCCUUCUGUUGUUCAGCUUAUCUUUGUCAUGUACAUAGCGGGACAUCUGGAAUUGCGUAUCUACCUUCCAGCAGUGUAGUAUAUAUCGUAUUUUCCCAUGAUUAGGCCAAAUGCUUUUUGCCCAAACA